GCAAUACAAAAUACAAUCACGCUCCACAGAUUAUAUAGAAUGCGCUAGAUGCGCGCCGUGCGCGCGCAGUUAUUAUUCCAUUCCAUGUUUCUAAACAUGGCAGGUCGUAGUGGGUUUGACGAUGGUAAUCUGAGGGACUUCGGAGGCGGCCGAAGGACGGCGGGCGGGCGCCCGCUCCCGACUGAGCCCCCUUACAAGGCCUAUGUUGGAAAUUUACCCUCUGGCAUCAUUCAAGGCGAUAUUAACAGAAUCUUUCCAGACUUAUCUAUUAAAAAUGUGAGGCUGGUUAUGGAUAGAGAAACAGACAAAUUCAAAGGCUUCUGCUAUGUGGAAUUUGAAUUUUUGGAAGAUUUGGUUAAGGCAAUUGAACUGAACGGUGCUCUCAAUGUAGAUGGUAACUUUAUCAAAAUCGAUGUUGCUGAAGAAAAAAGAAGCGGGGGGGGCGGCUUCGACCGCGGGCGCCGCGACGGACGCGACGGCGGGCGCGAUGGCGGGCGCGGCGGCGGCGGUGGCGGAUUCCGGCGCGACGGCGGCCGCGGUACGUACGAGCACUUCGACGCGGCCGAGCGCCGCGCGCCUCGCACGCAGGGUGGCGGGUUCACACAGGAGUCGACAUUAGAUCGCGAGCGGGGAGAGCAACGCGGAAGCGGCGGCACGAGCGGCGAGCGGUGGAACGAGCAGCGCGGCGAACGGUGGAGCGAGCGCGGCGGGCGCGGCGGCUCGGAGGAGGCGCGCAGCGGGGACUGGGGCCGCAUGGGCCGCUCGGGUGCGCCGCCCGCGCCGCGCCAGGCGCCCCGCCGCAACUUCGACGACAUGCCCGCUCCGCCAAGAUCAGACACAUCGGGCAGGCCGAAACUGGCGUUGGCGCCGCGGACGGUGAAGGAGCCGGUGAACUCGCUGGCGGCGACCAGUCAGGCCUCAUCAAUAUUCGGCGGCGCGCGGCCGCGGGAGGAGAAACUCAAAGAGAUGGCGAACGAGUAAACUGCGCCUACCCCCGAACUACCCCUCCAACUACCCUCUCCUGUGUGUAAAUGUAUCGAUGCCCCCACUAUUCAUUAUACUCUGUUACAAUCCAAUUUGAAUUUAAGGUAAAUUGAUACUAUAUUAUUAACUUAUUCAUGAAAAUAUACACGGUGUAAGGGAGGUGUAAGGGAUGGUUCACACAAAAGUAAAUGCGUGGUAAUAAAAGCAUUUUAUUUCCCUCACUUUUUGACCUAGCGUCGUUUUUUUUGCCCAAUUAUGUAAGGCUCAAAGUCAAUUGUUAUAAAUUAAUUGUAUUGUUCUUAAAAAAUACAUAAUUGUUAAAAAACCACAAAAAUGGGAUUUCGGCACGCCGCUAGCUUGACGGUCCUCGACCAGUUAAGUAAAGCGAGAGACGGUAAAGUCUCUACCUUACACCUUGUAUGGUGAGAAAAAUGUUUUUUUUUUCUUUUACUCAUUUAAUGUCAUUCAUGAAUCAGAGGAUGAUAAUUAUUAUGAUUAGCUAAUUAUUGCACUGUUAAGGCACUAAUUACUAAAAUUAAUUAACCAUCUUUUGUAUCUGGAGAUUUUGUUAUCAGUCAGUGCCAGUGAUGUAAUGAGUAUAUUAAAGUAUAUUUUUGUUAUAAAAAUUUAGAUAAUAUUUUUGUGAACAAGAUUUUUUAAUAAUAAUAAUCAAUACACUUUAAUUAUGUAUUAAUUGUAGUUAUUACAAAAAUUAAAAGGUAUCAUAUUAAAAGAUUAGCUACAGUUGUAAAAAUACGUCUCUAAAGAUAUCCACUGUCUGAUAAUAAAACAUUUAUGUAUUCAAAUCUAGUGAAGAAUAAAAAUAGAGUUUUAAUUGACGCAAAAUCGUUGCGUUAAAACCCGGCAUUGCGCUGAAAAUACAAAAAUGCGUUAAAUUAAAAAUGUACUAAUAAAAAUAGAUUUUGCUUAGAUGUACAUGGUAGUUUUUUGAAAUAUACUUGUCUCUGAUAUGUUUAUUCUUAUAGUACAUAAAUUAAUUGCAUUCUCACUAAAAGCUUUUAAAUUAUAAGUUUACAGUGAUGUGAAUCUUGAAAUGUUUGAUUAACUCGUGUAUGUCAAGCAAAGUUCGACUUUUUCUGCAAAUUGGAUUGAAACAUAAAUAAAGUUAAAAAAAUGUACAUGAACCAGAGGAUUUUUGUUAGGUUGUGAGGUUGUAAAUCAUUUUUAUCAUAUUAUAUGUAUUUUGUUAGCUUUAUUGUGUAUCGCUUAUAUUUCGGGUCGGUCGGGUCGCUCAUUUUUGAGUGAUGCGAGAGCCCACUAUCGGUUAUGCGCUGUAUUUAAAUUGCUAGUUUUUUCGUCGUCAUAUUGUCGGGUCUGAGUGUAUGAUAAACUUAGCUUGCAGAAUAGGUUUUGAAAUUCAAAUCUAAGUAAAGCGUUUCUUUUGUUCGUAUUGUUGAUUCACUUUGGUAAUAUUAUAAGCUUAUUAUUUUUUGUUUGGAAAGUUGAUUUAAAAUAAUUGUCUGUUGACAAGAAAGUGUUUUUUUUAAAUUGCCUACAUAAUAAUAUGUUGGUCUUGAAAAUUAAUCACUCACCAAGUAAUAAGUAACAUAAUUUAAGAGUUGAUUAUAAAUUAUGUAAUUAUGGUGUCAUUUAAUAAAUUAAACUUCCAAGUACAUGGAUUUCUACUUUAUUAGAUAUUAUGUAAUGUCAUAAGCUAUGUGGCAGAGAAAAAAAAUUGCAAAACUGUAACUGAAUAUAGAAAGAAUAAUAAAAAGUGAAUUCUUUGUAA